GAGCGAAAGUCGGUGAAGUGAUGUCCGUCCAUCAACUGGUCUCGACGAUGUUGAAACUUACCGUCCAUGUAUUCGGGACAGAGGAGCAGUGUGCACCAUAACAUUACUACUUAGGUAUCCGUAUCAUCUUACGGAGUAUUACACUGAGUGUAACCAUUCGCACUGCCCGGCCCACUCGAAUCGGCCAGUCGCCAGUGAUAGUGCAUUUCGCCAAGGGCUUCCCCAGAAAGUAACCCCUUGCAAGGGUCGAGACCAGGAAAUCAACUUUCAGUUAUUCUAGUCUAUGAACUUCCGCUCAUCUUGCCGUUGGACGCAAAGCAAGCUUUCUAUUCUGACGUUCUCUUUAGACACAUAUUCUUUUCUUCCGGGUAGUUCGGCUUCGACAGUCCCCUUUGCUGCAACAUAACGAGCUUAUUGACGAUAACUAUUAUCGGCUCCUGCUUGGGUGCGACCGCGUCCGAAACAGAGUCCCGGUUACCCAUACGCUUACCACAAUGAGGCUUCGAAAUCGGAAGUCGCCGCUCCUUCUCCUCCUCCUCCCUUCACUUGCGGUCGCCGCCGCAGUGGCCGACAGGCGAUUGGACAGAGAUUCGCUCGCACUCUCAGAGAGUGCAUCGCCCGCAAAGCGAGUUGGUACCAAAGAUGCGCCGGUCGAUGGAAAAGACGGCAAGCCACACGCCGGUCCCUUCGUGGAGCUUGACACGAGCUCGGAAUCGGCAAAGGACCUGCCCACUUUGAAAGACCGCCCCGCGGACCCGUUGGUGGUAGACGGAAAGAGGAUACCAGAAAGCCAUGACGGGGUGAUGGACGACAAGAACCGGCCAGGGCCCAGAAAGGGUACUACUGGAACCGAAGGAGGUGUGAGUGAAAAGUCGAAAGACCGGCAAUUGAGGGAAAAGCAGACGGGCGAGAAGGUCGAAAACACGCCGCCGACUCCCAAAGAACCGCCUCCGCUGCCGCAUUCGGACCAUGAGAGGAUAGAGGCCGAUAGUGAAGCAAGCCACGGUGACAAGGCGGCGAGUGAUAUUUCCGGGCUUGAGAAGCCGGCCGAUCUGCCCGACAAGACUCACGACAAAUCUCUACCCCUUCCAGACUCUGUCGCGAACAUCGAUCAUCUGGAUGUCUCCAAGGGCGGACAGCCGGCGAAGAGCGCAGGAGUUGCCGAUGAAGACAAUGAAGGCCUCAUCCGACCUUUCCACUCAUUCAUCCUCUCGCUCACGAUGAUCAUCUUCUCCGAGAUUGGCGAUAAGACUUUCCUGGUUGCCGCGCUCAUGGCGAUGAAGCAUGACCGCCUGGUGGUGUUCACGGCUGCCUUCAGCGCCUUGAUCACCAUGACCGUCCUCUCGGCCGUCCUGGGACAUGCGGUGCCUACUCUGAUUCCGAAGCGUGUGACAACCUUCCUUGCUGCCGUUCUGUUUAUGGUAUUUGGGUCCCGCCUGCUCCGCGAAGGACUCGCCAUGAGCCCCGACGAGGGCGUGUCCGCCGAGAUGCAGGAGGUGGAGCAGGAGUUGGAGGAGAAGGAAAACCUUGCGAGAAAAGAGGGCCGGAUGGGCUCGGAGGUCUCGCCGUAUGCCCUGGAAAUGGGACUCGGCAAUCGCAAGCCCCGGUCCAAGUCUCGCUUCCCGACGCCGCCGAGGAGCCCCUCGAGCUCCCCCGAAGGGCGGAGUCCGUCGUCGCGUCCUGGAGUCCUUGUAGGGUUCCUUUCGGGACUCAACAAUCUCCUUUCGCUGCUUCUCAGCCCUGCGUGGGUUCAGACCUUUGUCAUGACCUUUCUGGGAGAGUGGGGAGACCGCAGCCAGAUCGCGACUAUUGCGAUGGCCGCCGGUCAGGAUUACUGGUGGGUGACGCUGGGCGCCGUUCUAGGUCACGGCUGCUGCACAGGAGUUGCUGUCAUUGGAGGUAGGGCCAUUGCGGGCAAAGUGAGCCUGAAAGUCGUCACGGUCGGCGGAGCGGUUGCGUUCCUCUUCUUUGGGUUUAUCUACUUGUUUGAGGCGUUCUACUCAUAGACGGAUAACACUGGGCCUUUGGCAAGACUCGACCGUGCCAGAUGCUCGACCUAACUGGAUCACGGUAGCUAUACUUUCACGGCUUAUGUUGUAAUUCCUCGUGUGUACGCCAUACGAGACUGUUUUCAUUUCCAGCUCAGCAGUAUGCGGCACGGGUCAACUGCACAGAAGCCCGCCAACCUGCGGCUCGCAUAUACGUCUGCGAGUAUGUACUAUGCUAAAGGGACGAUAUAACGGACGGGGACAGUAUUAAUGUGGCGUGGGGUGAUUCCUACAAGAGAUGGUUGGCUGCAGGUUAAACGAAAAGAACAGGGCGGGUGGGGGAUUGGCAAUACCGUCUUGUAGAGGGGAAUGCUAAGGUGUGUUGGAUUGAGCUCAACAAGUUCUCCCAAGCAAUAGAGGGGGAUCAAGUU